AUGGUGCUCGCAAUGAAAAUAACUAUUGUCUGUGUCGUUCUGUUAUUCUCUUCGGCGUAUUCCGAUAAAGAGACUAAAUGCGAAGAGGUGAUGUUGCACAAUAAACCUCAUACUAAUCACGUAUUGAGCAAGGGACUUAACAGACCUCAUCAACUCGCGUUCGAUAAACAUAACCAAAGAUUAUUCUUCAGUCACAACGUUCGAAGACAUGAUGAAGAGGCCUUUGAAAUUGGAUAUAUUGAAAAGGACAAGAUGAUACCCACUAUUGUGCAAUCGGUGAAAAAUGGUUACGCUAUCGCGAUGGAUAAUAAAGAUGCUAUUGUUUACUAUGGUGGUAGCAACGGAAUAUAUAAACAACAUUUGAAGGAAGAGAACGAUACUGUUCACGAAGUUGUAAAGGUGUACAACGUGUGGAAUAUGUUUUUCAAAAAUGCACUGUAUUUUAUUAAGUAUUCUUUACAGCAAUUGUACAAGCUUGAUGAGAAAAAUAAAACAGCUGAACAUCAGAAGUACAUUCACGAGAAAAUAUAUCACUUCGCCAUCGACGGACACAACGAUAUGUUUAUAACGACCGACACUGGUUUGUUUAUGAUAAAAAACGGAACACAAGAACGUAUAGCGUUCACAGGGCCAAAAAAUUUUCUCGCGAUUGCGAUAAACAACGAAGGUGUCGCUUAUUUUGGCCAUAACGACGGCAUUUACACAGCCAAUAAGAGCGAUCACACUUUAAACAUUGUUGCAAAUAUCAAACACGUCUUUGGGAUAACGUUUGAUAGCGACGACCAUAUAAUUUAUUCGGAUUACCAUAAAAUUGUCAAACUAUUGCCAGGAAAGUGCAAGUAA